AUGCGUAUUGAGAUCAGCAUGUCUUCUUCUUCCAUCGCCUUUCAAUCAGGAGCUUCUUCCUCUUCUUCAUCCCCUUCAUCUCCUUCCAUCCAUCCAUGGAAUCAUGAUGUAUUCUUGAGCUUUAGAGGUGAAGAUAUUCGCCGCAACUUUAUUUCCCAUCUAUACCAAGCUUUGUAUAAGAGAGGAAUCAAUACUUAUAUAGACAACAAUCUUGAAAGAGGGGAAGAGAUUUCACCUGCAGUUUUCAAAGCUAUUGAAGAUCCAUCGGAAGUACGGCAUCAAAAAUGGAUUUUUGGAGAAUCCUUUGAUAAACUUAGAGAUAAGCUCCAGGAUAACACAAAGAUGCUGAAAUGGAAGGUAGCUUUGGAAAGAGUAGCCGAUUUGUCUAGUUUCCCAUUAGCGAACUUCCGGAAUGAGUCAGAAUUUAUCCAGGAAAUCAUUCAAUGGGUGGACUUGAGAAUGGGAUAUUUGGGACCGGUGGAAUUGGGAAGACAACUAUUUCAAAAGAUAUCUACAAUUAGGGGCAUCAAUGUGAUUAGGCAUAGACUUUGCUCUAAAAAAGUAUUAAUAAUUCUUGUUGAUGUGGAUGAGUUGGUCCAAAUAGAAAAGUUAGCUGGAGAUCGUGAUUGGUUUGGCUCAAGAAGUAGAAUCAUCAUAACGACAAGAGAUCAAUGUUUACUCGAUAAAUCUAAAGUUGAUUCAAAGCACGAGGUGUUGAUUUUGGAUGGCAAUGAAGCUAUUCAACUCUUUUGCUUGCAUGCUUUCGAGAAAAAAGAACCACUGAAGGAUUAUAUGGACCUAUCUAGAAAAGUAACAAAAGAUGCUCAAGGUCUUCCACUAGCAUUAAUUGUGUUAGGUUCAUAUCUAAAAGGUCAAAGUAUAUAUCAAUGGAAAAAUGUAUUGGAUAAGUAUAAAAACAUUCCCAACGGUAAUAUUCAAAAAGUGCUCUUAGUGAGUUAUGAAGGUCUGGAUGAUACUGAGAGGGAAAUAUUUCUUAAUAUUGCGUUUUUCUUCAAAGGAGAACCUCUGGCUAAUGUCAUGAAAAUAUUUGAUUGUUGUGGUUUUUUUCGGGAUCAUGGAAUCAAGAGGCUUACAGACAAGUGUCUUAUUACUAUUGAAGGGAGUAAUGAAUAUGUUCGGAUGCAUGACUUGCUACAAGAUAUGGGACGAGAAAUUGUUCGACUAGAAUCACCCAAAGAACCUAGCAAACAUAGUAGACUGUGGUUUCACGAGAAUAUUCAUGAAGUGUUGGAAGAAAGUACAGUGCCAAACAAAAUUGAAGGCAUACUAGUAGAUUUACCUGAAGGCGAUGAGGAGAUAAGCUUGCAUCCAGAAUCUUUGCCACGUAAUUCCCAAGGAAAUAAGCUCAUAGUCUUUAAGAUGUGUGAUAGCCUGGUCAAAGAGUUAGGGGAUGGAUUCAAACCCAAGAAUUUGACGACUAUGACUUUCUUUAAUUGUCAAUUCUUAAAAAAGAUUCCGGAUCUUCCAAGCCUCUCAAGUUUGAAGGAAUUGAUCGUCCGAUGUUGUAGAAGAUUAGUUGAGGUGCAUGAUUCCGUUGGAUCUUUGGAAAAUCUUUCUAAUUUGGAUUUUCGUGGAUGCUCUAAACUCCAUAUCCUUCCAAGAAGCCUCAAUUUGAAAACUUUACGAAAGCUUAGUCUUAGAAGUUGCUCAAGCCUUCGUGAUCUUCCAGAAAUCGAGUGUAAAAUGGAAUCUUUAAAUUAUUUAAAUCUAGAUGGCACCGUAAUAGAAGAACUACCUUUAUUCUUCGGGAACCUAGUUGGACUUAAGGAAUUACAUCUAUUGGACUGCAAAAACCUUAUGCGUCUCCCAAAUAUUGCUUGCAUUCUCUUGCAACAUUUACUGGAGCUCAACAUUGCUUCUUGUUCAAAUCUUGUAAAGAACAUGGGGAAUGAUGGGCUAUCCCUUCUGGCUAUGGAGUCUACAAAUUCAAGCAAUGGGAGCACUGCGUUACCAGUGCCAAAUCUUCAGAGUUGUUUCCAAUCAGAAUCAAAUUUCUUUCCAAUAUAUACUUUAUUUACCAUGUUUAACUCCUCCACCAGUUUGCGUUCGUUAUAUCUGGGGGCAACUGAAAUUGUUAGCCUUCCCACAAGCAUCAAAGAAUUCGUUACACUAGCUCAUCUUUCCUUGCGCUAUUGUAAUAAACUUGAAGAAAUACUAGAGCUCCCACCAAAUAUAAGAUACGUAGAUGUUGAUGGAUGCAAGUCACUAGAAAGAUUUGGAGAAGUAUAA